AUGAAGCGGUCGCGAUCGCCGUCUCCCACCUCGUCAUCCAGGCAAGGCAACACCACCACGCAAUCCCACGCUUCCGACAUGGCGUGCCCACACCUCAGCGCCGCCUUCACGGCCCUCGCUCCACCGCGGCCCUCCCAACACGUGCACAAGGAGGAGUGCACGCUCUGCUUCGACGACCAGGACGGACCGAAUGGAGUCGAUGUCUGUCUGCUCUGCUUCAACGGAGCAUGCACGCGCAACGGCGACCGCGAACACUCGAGGCUGCACUUUGAAAAGGCGCAGCAUCCGCUCGUAGUCAACAUUCGCCGCGUUCGUAAGCCUGCGCCCGUGCGUGCAGAUGGGGAUCAGCCGUCGGUGCCCAAGAAGCUCGCGAUUGCGGCCGAAUCGGAUGCGGACAAGUACGACUAUGUGACGGUGCCGCGGUGCUUGGCUUGCGACCCUGCGGGUCCGGGCAAGGAGCUUCCGAUGACGGAUAAGCUGGACGAGGUCAUCCGCGGAAUCAUGACCGCCAUGUCCUCCGCGCAGCAGUCCGAGGUCAAGGCAUGGGAGGAAGAGAUUGUGGCGUGCCAGCAUACGCGCGAGCUGGUGCAGCCGGGCGAGCGCGUCAAGCUCGAGCCUUCGGGUCUCGCCUCGUGUGGCAAGUGCGAGCUCACCUCGAACCUCUGGCUCUGUCUGACGUGCGGCCAUCUCGGCUGCGGGCGUGCCCAGUUCGGAGGCGUGGGCGGCAACAGCCACGGCCUGUCGCACUUUGAGGAGAGCGGCCAUCCGGUCUCGGUCAAGCAGGGCACCAUCACGGCCGAAGGCAGCGCCGACAUCUACUGCUACGCGUGCAACGACGCGCGCCUCGACCCCAACCUCGCCAGCCACCUCGCCCACUUUGGCAUCGACGUCAUGGACCUCUCCAAGACCGAGAAGAGCAUGACGGAGCUGCAGAUCGAGCAGAACCUCCGAUUCGAUUUCAACAUGACCGGCGACGACGGCAAGAUGCUCGAGCCCAUCUUUGGGGCCGGGUUGACGGGCAUCCGCAACCUCGGCAACAGCUGCUACAUGGCGUCGGUGCUCCAGAGCCUGUUUGCGCUGCCGGCAUUUCAGAAGCGCUACGGAGAGGCGUACCGCCCGCACACGCUCACGUGCACCCAGCAGCCCGCGAGCUGCUUCGAGUGCCAGAUCACCAAGAUCGCAGAUGGACUGUUGUCUGGUCGCUACUCUCGUCCGCGCGAGCCGGAGCAGGAGUCUAGUUUGGGAUGGACACCCGCCGAGGGGGAGCAGCAGCAGCAGCAGGCGCUCUUCCAGCACGGAGUGCGGCCGAGCAUGUUCAAGGCGCUCGUGGGUAAGGGGCACGAGGAGUUCUCGACCAUGAGGCAGCAGGAUGCCGACGAGUUCUUCAAGUAUCUCGUGGGCGUCGUGCAGAAGGAGAACCGCAAGCUGGCUGCUGCUGCGCCGACCGAGGAUCCGACGGACGUGUUUGGGUUCGGGCUCGAGCAGAGGCUGCAGUGCAACGAGUGUCACAAGGUGCGUUACAGCGUCGAGCGUCAAGACGCCGGCCUCAGCUUGCCGGUUCCCAUCCGACCCAAGCCGGUGCAGGCAGAAGGCUCGGGUAAGCAGCCGGCGGAGGGCGUGCAUGCCGCACCCGCCUCGAGCGCUGCGACGGUCGAGUACGAGCCGGUGAGCUUGACCGAGUGCCUCGACAUCUUCACUGCGCCCGAGGAGCUCGAGUACAACUGCCCGUCGUGCGCCAAGAAGGUGACCGCGACAAAGCGGACGCUGUUCACCACGUUCCCGCACGUGCUGGCGCUGCAGGUGCGUCGGUUCCAGCUGCUCAACUGGGUGCCUCAGAAGGUUGCCGUGCCGAUUGUUGUGCCCAUCGACGCACCGCUGGAUCUCGACCGCUACCUCGGACGCGGCAAGCAGCCGGACGAAGAGGAGCUGCCCGAGGGCGAUGCGGCUCCUGCAGAGGCCGGGGCCAGCGAGCCAGAGUGGGACGCGGGGGUCAUGUCGCAGCUCACCAGCAUGGGCUUUCCCGACAUCCGGUGCAAGAAGGCGCUGCUCGCCACAGGCAUGGGCGAUGCCGAGGGCGCGAUGAACUGGCUCUUUGCGCACAUGGAGGAUGCGGAUAUCGACGAGCCCAUCGACUUUGGCGCGGCCCCGAGUGGUGACGCUCCGUCAGCGGGUGGGCCGGAUACCUCGAUGCUCGAGGAGAUGGGCUUUACGCGCAACCAGGCACGCAAGGCGCUGCGCAUCAACAAUGGCAAUGCCGAGAUCGCCGUCGCGUGGCUGUUUGAGAAUCCGGACGAUGCCGGUGAAGAUGCAGCACCCGCAGAGACGGUGGGUGAGACGUCGGGCGAGUCGAGCGUGGUGCCUGGAUCCGCGCAUCUGCCGGCAAAGUAUGCGAUCAAGAGCUUCAUCAGCCACAAGGGCCCCAGUGUGCACAGCGGCCACUACGUCGCGCAUGUGCGCCACGACCAGGACUGGACGUUCUUUAACGACGAAAAGGUGGUGCGCGCCCCGCUUUCGUCCGCUGCCAAAGAGGGCGACGAGGAUGUAGGCGUCAAGGGGCUCAGCCAGCAGGCGUACGUCUACUUUUUCGAGCGCAUCUAA